GCCGUGGGGGAGGGUGGGAUCAUGGCCGCCGCCGUGGAGCGGAGUCCCAGGGACGGGGAGGAGGAGGAGGAGCAGUUGGUUCUGGUGGAAUUGUCAGGAAUUAUCGAUUCAGACUUUCUCUCUAAAUGUGAAAACAAAUGCAAGAUUUUGGGAAUUGACACUGAGCGGCCCAUUCUGCAAGUGGACAGCUAUGUAUUUGCUGGCGAGUAUGAAGACACUCUUGGGACCUGUGUUAUAUUUGAAGAAAAUGUUGAACAUGUGGAUGCAGAAGGCAACAAUAAAACAGUGCUAAAAUAUAAAUGUCAUACGAUGAAGAAGCUCAGCAUGACAAGAACUCUUCUGACAGAAAAGAAGGAAGGAGAAGAAAGCAUAGGUGGUGUGGAAUGGCUGCAAAUCGAGGAUAAUGAUUUCUCCAAUAGACCCAACAUGAUUUGUAACUUUCUACAUGAAGAUGAAGAAGUUGUAGCUCCAGCCCCAGAUAAACCUUUGGAGUUGGAAGAGCAAGAGAUUCAAAUGAAAUUUAAUUCAAACCUGAGCUAUGAACAGGAAAAACCACCGCACUUGGAAAUAGAGGAUUCUGGUCCUCUUAUUGAUACUCCUUCUGAAACAGAAAGUUCUGUGUAUAUGGAAACUCAAGAUGCUGCCUUAGAAAUCACUCCUAGAUAAAAUGUUUUUAAUACUAGUUAGAAUUUUUUAAAGUUUUUAUAUAAAAUAAUUGACUACUUAGCUUUUGUUUGUUCACUAUGUUAUUAUUUUUAUUGGUUGUAUACAUUUUCAGUUACAGCUACAACUUAAUAUACCAGAAUCAUUAAGGACCAGAUAUAAAUAGAAUUUUUAAAAAAUAUGGUUGUUUAAAAAAAUAUAGUUAGCCCUAGACGGUGUGGUUGAGUUGGUUGGAGUGUCCUCCUGUACACCAAAAGGUGGCCAGGUUUGAUUUCUGGUCAGGGCACAUACCCAAGUUGUGGGUUCCAUCCCUGGACAGGGCGGGUACAGGAGGCAACCAAUAGAUGUUUCUCACAUCUAUGUCUCUCUGUUUGUCUCUCUCUUCCUUCCUCCCUCCCCCCCUCCUUCCCUUCCUCUCUAAA